AUGGAAUCAAUGAAGCCACACAUCCCCCCGUUAAAGAUCUCGAAAUCCAAUUCGAAUUUAUCCGAGUCGAGCAACGACGCUAAAUCUAUACCGAAUCGAUUCUAUUCCGCCUGGGGCUCAUCAGAGAUUACCCCUCCCUUAACACCACAAGACGCCCAGGACACAAACAUGGAUCAAUUGGAGGCCCCGAGGCCUGUCUUUCACAACUAUCUGCGCGCCUUCUACCCUUUCCACCCGGCAGGCAAUGUCUCUCCGUCGACCGUUACACUCCCUCUGGACCAGGGAGAUAUCAUUUUGGUACACUCCGUUCACACCAAUGGCUGGGCCGAUGGUACAUUAUUAGAUUCUGGGAAUCGAGGCUGGUUACCCACGAAUUACUGCGAAGCAUACGACCAAUUACCUAUGCGUCCUUUGUUGAAGGCCUUGACUGAUUUCUGGGAUAUCAUUCGAGGAGGAUGCGGGUCAUCACUAAAAGAUUUUGGAAACCAAGACUUGAUGAGAGGCCCUAUCGCUGGCGUUCGGUUUUUACUGGAAAAAUCAGAAUGUCUUACUCGAGAAUCCUCCCUGGUUAGGAGAUUCGAUGGACUACGCAGAAUUCGGAAGGCUUUGUUAUCUGACCUGUCUUCGCUGGUGAAAACUGCGAAGAAGUUCCAGGAAGUUGCCAACGGGGUCCCGUCGGAAGAUGAGGUUGAGGCCAUUUUGGAUGAGAUGCUUCUCAAGGCUUUCAAGAUUGUUACCCGAGGAGUUCGAUUCCUCGACGUGUGGAAUGAGGAGGUAGGCCUGAGCAGGACUAUCGCCGAAAUGGAUGGGCCCGGCGACAGCCAAGGCCAGUACAGCAUGCCCCCGACUCCUGCAUCCGAGAGCUUCAACUUGGGCGAGAACGACGGACCUGAUAGAUCUGAGUCGCGAAUGCUGGAAUCACGAAUGGAAUCACGAAUGGAAUCACGAAUGGAGUCGCGGCAGAUGAGCCAUAGCCGUAUGGAUAUGAGUCGGUCGUCGGUGCGCACUGAGAUGGUUGAUCAGAGACCGGCCUCCGUCGCUACGAAACGGGUUUCUGUAUCCCACCGCAUGUCAGUCUCCGGUCCUUCUACUGCCAUUGGUGCCCAUAAUCUGGCAUCCGAACGCCUCGGAACGACAUAUGAUGCGUUCCUCGGCGUGCUUGGAUCAUUUCUCGGGCUCCACAUGCAGUCCCGCUCCUCGACAGAGUUGGUUGUCACCACCCAGCAGGCUGUCCAGUCGUGCAGGCAAUUGUUAAAUGUCGUCGAGGUAGUGUGCGAGCAUGACACGCAUCGCAGCGUAUUUCUCGAACAAGCACGAGAGUCAAUGUGUGAGAAGCUAUCCCAGCUGGUUCACGCUGCACGCGACGUGUUCCGCCCCGCACAUCUACCAGACGAUGAUCUUGUGUUCAUGCCAGACGAAGGGAAACGCCUUGUGGAAGCUGCGACUGACUGUGUACGAGCAGCUGGAAACUGUUUGGCGAAGGCUCGCCUGGUGCUUGAGCAAAUUGGCGACCUUGAGCUUGACCCUGAACACUUUGAAGAGAGAGGACAGGACUUGUCUAGCAUUGCCUCUCCACAAGAUGAAUCGGAGACUCCUGUAGAACAGGACCGACAGGAGUUGUCACUCCGGCUUCCCCCACCUCCCCUUCAAAUUCCUAGCACCACAUACUCUCCCCCAACACCUGCUCUCACCGACGCUACAACACCUUCUUCCUUCCAGUCUCAUCUCACAAAUUCUCCCGCCAACAUUACCGCCAUUUCCUCCCUCCCUAAUUCUGCCAUCCUCCCCACCCACCUCGAGAACAUCUCUUCCUUCUCCUCCACUGACAGUAGCUACCGUGAAAGUCAUCCCAAGUCUGACGUGAGCGAAUCAUUUGGCCGUGGAGUCACGAGCAAUGGUAGCAGCUUCACAUAUAACAGCCACGCACGUGACUCCGAGAUGAGUGGUGUCUCGCAAACCUCGACUCGGGCUACCUCACCGGAUAUUGGGGGUAGCUUCCAAGGUAGCUACACGAUUCACUCGCUGAAGGAAAGUUUGAGUUACUCGACCCUCGCCGAGGAGAACGAGGAGACUGAGGCCAACAUCCUGGAAAAGACUUUCGCACACGAACUCAUUUACAAGGAAGGUUCGGUGAUGGGUGGCAGUCUUCGUGCUCUUAUUGAGAAGCUGACUGCCCACCAAUCCACCCCCGAUGCUAUGUUUGUCUCAACUUUCUACCUCACCUUCCGUCUCUUUGCCACGCCUCUUGAGUUUGCCCAGGCCCUCGCUGAACGCUUCGAGUACAUUGGUGACACACCCCACGCCGCCGGACCCGUCCGUCUCCGUGUAUACAACAUCUUCAAGGGCUGGCUCGAGUCCCACUGGCGCCACGAUCGUGAUAACACGGCCCUGGAAUUCAUCGUCAACUUCGCAAACACACGACUUGUGGUCGAUCUCCCCACUGCUGGUAAGCGGUUGCUUGAUCUGGCCGGCAAGGUAUCCGCAGUUGGUGGCCCUCUUGUGCCUCGCUUAGUUUCAUCCAUGGGCAAGACCAACACUUCCAUUGCCCAAUAUAUUCACCCCGAUACCCCCCUACCUCCUCCUGUCCUUGGCAAGAAGGAGCACAACUUGCUCAAGCAAUGGAAGAACGGCGAAGCCUCAAUCACCAUUCUUGACUUCGACCCACUUGAGCUCGCCCGCCAGCUCACCAUUAAGGAGUCGCGCAUUUUCUGCUCGAUUCUUCCCGAGGAACUUCUGGACACGGAAUGGACCAGAAAGACGGCCUCGUUAGCUGUCAAUGUUCGCGCUAUGUCAACUUUGUCGACUGACCUUGCCCACCUCGUUGCUGACUCUAUUCUGUACCUCGAGGAGCCCAAGAAGCGUGCCGCUACCAUCAAGCACUGGGUCAAGAUUGCCAACAAAUGUCUGGAGUUGAACAACUACGACUCUCUCAUGGCUAUCAUCUGCUCAUUGAACUUGUCUAUGAUCUCCCGACUAAAGAAGACCUGGGACAUCGUAUCGCAGAAGACCAAGACUGCCCUCGAGCAGCUCCGCAGCAUCGUGGAUGUGUCUCGCAACUACGCAGUACUCCGUCAGCGUCUUCAGAACCACGUGCCACCUUGCCUCCCAUUCGUCGGUACCUACCUGACCGACCUCACCUUUGUCGACCACGGCAACCAAUCUCUCCGCACCCUCUGCACCAACGACAGUGAAAUGGACGUCAUCAACUUCGACAAGCACAUGAAGACAGCUCGCAUUAUCAGCGAGCUCCAACGGUUCCAGAUUCCCUACCGUCUAACCGAAGUUCCGGAGCUACAGGCCUGGAUGCAGAAUGAGCUUGUGCGCGUGCGCUCCAAUGGCGAAAUAACCGCACAAACCUUCUACCGCCGCUCUUUGGUCCUUGAGCCUAGAGAACCCUCCCGCAGCGGAAACACUCUUCAGUCCCAGUCUGAGACCGUUCCUUCCAUGCUGGACAAUGCCAAGGACAAGUUCGACUUCCUCUCUUGGACCAACCAGUCCAAAGCAAAGUCCGUCACGACACACGGAUAA